CUUUCUUCCUAUCUCGCGUGGCAAGCUGACCACCACGUGGCAGUGAAAAGAGAUCUCUCAAGAGAUAUAAAUCUUGGACAUCCCCUCAAGAUUAGCGAUUUCUGUUUCCAGGGAAAACUGCCUCCGCUACGAGCGUAUUAUUUGGUUGGACCUCGCCUUGGGUUCUAGCCGUCCACUCACUACUCUUCAAAUCGUCCUGCUAUUUGAUCUUCAAUUCAGCAUAAUGCAGCUCCGUCAUAUUGUACCGGCCUUUUUGGCUGUUUGUGGGAUCCAGGCUGCACCAGCCUCGGUCGAGGACUUCACGCACAGCUUUGCUGAACGAGACACCACAACAGCAGCUGCUAGUUCGUUUUAUUUGCCUGCUUCAACUCUUCAGACUGAUAUGCUAGCUGCAAAGGCGUUGGUCAAUCUCGCAUUCUACCAAGUCACGAAUCCUUCAGGAAGCUGCAACAUUUUGAACGCCGCUAUCCGGAGAGAGUGGUCAACGCUCUCGAAACAAGAACGACGAGCAUAUAUUGACGCCGAGCUCUGUUUGAUGUCGAAACCAUCCAAAGAUCCAUCAUUCGCAGCAGGCGCGAAGACGCGGUACGACGAUUUUGUGGCCGUCCACAUCAACCAAACCCUGUCCAUCCACGGAACAGCCAACUUCCUGUCGUGGCAUAGAUAUUUUACGUGGUCGUUUGAGCAAGCACUGAGGAAUGAGUGCGGCUACACCGGCUAUCAACCGUACUGGAACUGGGGCAAGUACGCUUUCGACCCGCUCAACAGCCCUCUCUUCGAUGGAUCGGACUAUAGCAUGUCCGGCAACGGACAGUACCAGCAGCAUGGUUGCACCAACGCGCUUCCAACCGGUUUGAACUGCAUUCCUGCAGGCUCAGGCGGAGGCUGCGUCAACACCGGCCCGUUCAAGGACUACACCGUCAACCUGGGACCGGUGUCUCCCACUCUUGACAUCCCAGGUAUCAUCAACUACAAUAGCUCCAACCCCCUGGCCUACAACCCUCGUUGUCUGCGACGUGACAUUUCUUCAUGGGUCUCGUCCAACUGGACCAAAGACUCUGAUGUUUACGACCUGGUCACCAACUACAACGACAUCUUGUCCUUCCAGAACCGCAUGCAGGGUGACUUCGCCACAGGCUUCUUCGGCGUGCAUACGGGCGGUCAUUUCACCACUGGUGGCGACCCUGGUGGCGAUCUCUUCGCGUCCCCAGCUGAACCUACUUUCUUCCUCCAUCACGCUCAAAUUGAUCGGACAUGGUGGAUGUGGCAGAACAUGGAUCUGAAGAACCGCAAGAACGCAUUCGGGGGCGGCACCUCUACUCUCGACCCCACCGGCAGCCCAGCUGGAAAGUUGACCGAUCCAAUCAUCAUGGGCAGCUUGUCCAAAACAGUCCAGAACCAAGACGUGAUGAGCACGACGGGUGGCCCGCUGUGCUAUAUCUACGUAUGAGACAUGAAUUUGGCUUUUGGUUUGCGCUGAUCCUCUUCACAUGGUAUAUAUUUUGGGGUUAGAUAUUCUUCGGCAUGCAGCAUAAAACCAGUAUAAUGGUAAUUCAUGGUCUGAUCUCCUAUGGGGUUCAGAGUCUUUCGCCUUAGCAGUGAAUCAUCUGGCGCGUAUCAUGAUACCAUGAUCGUGUUCCAGUGUUUCACGAACCUGGAACGUUGAACAAG